AUCGAUCUAUGAAUACUGGCCCUAUUGUACAUUCGGCCAUCACCCGGCUUAUUGAAGACCCGACCCAAACAAGUAAAUUGCCUUCGUUUAGAUCUUAAUAUCUGUUCAGUUGCAAAGUAAUUCCUUAUUUGCAACGUUGUGUGAAUAAAAAUAUUGUGGCAAAAUGAAGACCGCUUUGAUGGUGGCCGAAAAACCUUCUUUAGCAGCAUCGCUGGCUAAUAUAUUGAGCAGUGGACGAUGUAGUACCAGAAAAGGGCUAAACGGCUCCUGUUCCGUUCAUGAAUGGAUAGGUCAAUUUAGAUCCGAGACCGUAAAUUUUAAAAUGACUUCUGUAUGUGGACAUGUUAUGACAUUGGAUUUUAUUGGGAAAUACAACAAUUGGGACAAAGUGGAUCCAGCAGAAUUGUUUUCUUGUUCAACUGAGAAAAAGGAAGCAGUACCAAAAUUAAAAAUACCAUACUUUUUGGCCAAAGAAGGAGCACAAUGUGAUUAUUUAGUAUUAUGGCUUGAUUGCGACAAAGAGGGUGAAAAUAUUUGCUUUGAAGUUAUCAAUUCAGUGCAGCAGGGAAUGCACAGAAAAUUACAUAUAAAUGAUAUAUGGCGAGCGCGAUUCUCUGCCAUUACAGAAAAAGAUAUUAAAUCUGCUUUAGCCAAUUUAGUAAAGCCCAAUGAAAAUGAAGCCAAAAGCGUUGAUGCGCGUCAGGAGUUGGAUUUGCGGAUAGGCUGUGCAUUUACGAGAUAUCAAACUAAAUUUUUUCAAGGUAAAUAUGGUGAUUUAGAUGUAUCUCUUAUUUCUUAUGGCCCAUGCCAAACGCCCACGUUAGGAUUCUGUGUGCAGAGACACGACGAAAUUCAAACCUUUAAACCAGAUCCAUAUUGGGUAUUACAAGUAACUAUUAAAUCUUGCGAUGGUCAAGAUAUUGUAUUAAGUUGGAAUCGGGUACGUUCUUUUGACAAAGAAGUUGCAAACAUGUUUUUAAGCCAUAUUAAAGAGCAUGAUCAAGCAAUCGUAAUGAGCAUACAAAGUAUGGAAAAAUCUAAAUCACGACCUAUAGCAUUAAAUACAGUGGAGUUGAUGCGAGUAGCGAGUUCUGGUUUGGGAAUGGGUCCGCAUCACGCUAUGCAAAUUGCAGAAAGACUUUAUACACAAGGAUAUAUAAGUUAUCCUCGAACGGAGACAACGUCGUAUCCUGAAAAUUUUGAUCUUCUUUCGACGCUUAAACAACAGCAAAAUAGCCCAGAAUGGGGCGAGGAAGUUUGCAAGAUAAUAACGACUGGAAUCAACAGACCAAAGAAAGGCCAUGACGCAGGCGAUCAUCCACCUAUAACGCCUAUGAAACAUGCAACCAGAAACGAACUCGAUGGCGAUUCAUGGAGAUUGUAUGAUUACAUAACUCGACAUUUUAUUGCUACGGCGAAAUUAGUGGAAUGUUAUACACAACCGCCGGAUUAUUUAACAGAGGCAGAAUUAAUAUCUCUCAUGGAAAAACACGGCAUCGGAACAGACGCUUCAAUUCCUGUGCAUAUAAAUAAUAUCUGCAUUAGAAAUUAUGUUACUGUUGCAGCAGGUAGAAAAUUAAUACCUACUUCUCUUGGUAUUGUUUUGGUCCACGGAUAUCAGAAGAUAGAUCCUGAAUUAGUUUUGCCCACAAUGAGAUCUGCAGUAGAAGAACAAUUAAAUCUAAUAGCAUUAGGUCGAGCUGACUUUCAUGCCGUAUUACAUCAUACCGUAGAAAUUUUUAAACAAAAAUUUCAUUAUUUUGUACAAAGUAUAGAAGCUAUGGAUCAGUUAUUUGAAGUCUCGUUUUCACCAUUAUCGGCAUCUGGCAAGGCACACUCUAGAUGCGGUAAAUGUCGUCGAUACAUGAAAUACAUACAAACCAAACCGUCUAGAAUGCAUUGUGCCCAUUGUAACGAAACAUACAAUUUACCUCAAAACGGAAACAUACGAAUAUACAAAGAAUUGAAAUGUCCAUUAGACGAUUUUGAACUGCUUUCAUGGUCAACUGGAACGCGAGGAAAAAGUUAUACAUUUUGUCCGUACUGUUACAACAAUCCUCCAUUCAGGGACAUGAAAAAAGGAAUUAGCGGUUGCAAUUCAUGCACACAUCCAACAUGCCCGCAUGGUAUGAAUUCAAAUGGUUUAUCCAGCUGUUUGGAAUGCGAUUUGGGUAUACUUGUUCUUGAUCCUUCAGCAGCACCUAAGUGGAAAUUGGGAUGUAAUCGUUGCGACGUUAUUAUCCAUUUAUUUGAGAACGCGCAUAAAGUGACAGUCGAUACAGAUACAUGUGAUUGUGGCGCACAAUUGGUAACCGUCGAAUACAAACAAGAUAAAAGUAAACUCCCUAAUGAGGCGACCGAGAUGUCCGGCUGCGUGUUUUGCACUCCAGCUUUUGUCGCGUUAGUAGAAAAGCAUCGGGCAGUAGCUUCGAAACCAGUCGUCACGCGUGGUCGAGGUCAUACCAAGAGUCGUAAUCGAGGCAAACCUAAGCCACCAAAGGACAAAAUGGCACAAUUGGCAGCAUAUUUCGUAUAAUAAAUUGUUUAGGAUGCAUUGGAUACAAUAUAAAUAUACGUUUAUCUCAUGUUCUCCUUUCCCUUCUCUCCCAAAAAUGCCUGUCAUACCUGAAUCUUUUACAAUAUUUUAUGCACGUAAGUAAUGGUAAUCAUUGUCAUUCUUUUUAUUAAAGAAUCUAUAUUUGUUUAAUUACAAUUAAUUAAAACAUUUUAUAGGACAUUAGUUUUAUUAAAUAAACUCAAUUUUUUGUCCAAAUUAGUCGAUUUGUUUAAUACUACAAUUCUAAUUUAUAAACAGACAAAAAUUCUAAUUUAUAAACGGAAAAUUCUUAACAUUUUUAUUGAUUAUGAAUUUGUAUUCAGUAUCCAAGAAUAUUAAACUAUCCAUGUAGACAAAGAAAGAUUGUAAGAUGUUUUUUUAGAUUUCUAAAAGACAUCUUGCGAUUUCUUGAGAUGUUUUGCAUUUUUUAAUGAAAAGAUAUCUUCACAAUCUAAAAGAUGUUUUAUGCAACAGUUUGAGAUAUCUUUUAGAUAUCUGGCGAUGUCUAAAAGACAUCUUAAAGAAAUCUGAAAGAUAUUUUAACUCUUUAAUGUCCAAACGAACGUAAUUAUAGUACUUUAUUUAUCGAGAUUGUUCAGUAUGUUUCAGCUUUCAAAAAAUUUGACUAAGAUCAUUUCUUACGUAAAAUUUUAUAAUCUUUCAGAAUCCGUCGUUUAAUAUUCAUAAAAAUUAUAUCCAAAAAUAUUGCUUACCUUUUAAAAAAAAAACGUAGUUUUUAACAAAAAUUAAUUUUUUAAUCAAAAUGUUUAUAUCGAAAUAAUUUAACUUUUUGAGAUUCGAAUUUUUAUAGACACAUUCAUGAAACACAAACACCAUGUAAAUAAAUUUUUGGGAUCGCUAAUUACGAAUCUGGUAUCAGAAUUUUAAAAUUAAAAAGAAUGGAUUCAACAUGGCAAAUCAUAAGAUUUUUAAGUUUACGGCGUUUGUUAAAAUUUGGUAUAGGAAUUUAUUGGGUUCCUGAUUACGAAUCUGAUUAAAAAAUUUUUUAAUUUAAAAGGGUAGAUCUAAUGUAGCACGCUAAAUAUUUUUUUACGUUUUUUAAAGUCAAUAAAUAUUAGUUUUUAGGAGUUUUUGAAAUAAAACCUAGAUAACACCUAGACAUUCGUAUAUACGUAAAAAGGCGUUUGGAGUCGUAAAGUAAUGUGACAAACCGCGGUGUCAUCGCUUUUCACGCAACACACUAGAAUGUUUAUUUCAAUACGAGUUACUUUGCUCUAAAUCUGAAUCUAAAGUGUUCCUACUAUAAUGAACAUUCAUAACCAUUGUUUUUAUAACACAUGUAACCCAUAAAAUAAAAAAGUAAAGUUUGUUUAGG